AUCCUCACAGGAGUGAUGGGUUCUAAGUUGACCAGGCAGAGAAGUCUUGAUUUUGACAGUAAAUUGUCCAAGAGAAGACGCCAGAGAAAUGACAUGCCCGCAGAGAGCGAGAGAAGUGGCAGCAGAGGCGGCGGGGACUUCUUGUUUACCUCCUUGAUGCUCAAGUCCGACAAGCUUCCAGGGAUGCUGCGCAAAAACAACCCCAGCCCCUAUGUCAGGCGGGUGGCUUGGAUCCGGGAAAUCCAGAGGCUUCUCCGGGAGCAGAAGAUGGAGCAAGCAGCUGAAGUGCUCAAACUGCUGAGAAAGGACUUGGGUCUCCAGGGAACAUCGCUCAAUGACAUUUUGUACAAGAAUGCAGCUUUUCUCAACCUGGUGGACCCCAUUUCACAUGAGCUGCUUCUCAGUCUGGCCCGGGACCUGCAGUGUCCAAAAAGGGAGAUUGAUUCCGUCAAGUCCACCAACAAGAUCUGCCGCCAGCUCAUCUACCACCUGACCCCUCACUCCAAGUGGACGAGACAGAGCGUACCCAGGAGGAAGUCUCAGGCCUGUCUGAAGACCACCCUGAAGAAGAAACUGUCUGGUGAUGUGGUCAAUCUGUCGGGCAUCCCGCUGUCUGGCCGAGACGUUCACCGUGUGGCCUUUUACCUCCAGGGCAGUAGUGAGGGAGUGUCUGCUGUGGACCUGAGCUUCACCGAGCUGCAGGACGAGAGCCUGCAGCUGCUGCUGCCCUUCCUCAGCUGCCUGCCGAAAUUGACCACACUUGCCAUCAAUGGCAACCGCCUGACAGUGGCCAUCUUGAAAGACCUGACAGACGCAGUGAAAGAUCCCAAGAAGUUCUCCAGCCUGGCCUGGAUCGAUCUCGGCAACAAUGUUGAUAUCUUCACCGUGCCGCAGCCACUGCUUGUGGCACUGCGGCGCCGCUUUGGUUUACGCAGCAGCCUGCCCACUAUAUAUGAGUACACUGAAGCACAGGCUUUUGGGGGAUACAACCCAAAUAUGGAGACCUCCGUGGAGGAGCCCAGUCUGUAUGAGGAGGGAGAUGGAGAAGAGGAUGAUAGAGAGGAGGAGGAGGAGGACAGGCUAGAGCUUCAAGCCUGGGGCUUUGGGGAAGAAAAUGUGUCAAAAAAUGUGCCACUGCACUUCUGUGGGAGGUGA